AUGGCCCAACCAUCAAGCUCAGAGCCGUCAGGUACGAGUUCUAGGGUUACGAUGGCCGACGACGAUUAUGACCGAGACCCAAAGGUUGACGUGGAAGUCAGUGGGAAGGUGGUGCCGCCGGGCGAAGCAGCGUCUCCGGUCGAUGGCUCCAAUGAGCGUCGGCUGAGUCCUGUGGAAGACCUGAAAGCCCGCCUAUCUAUGUGGGGUGAGUCUAGAAACUACCAGGCCGACGAUGGUGACGAUGAAGAAGGAUCAGAAUAUGAACUCCUCUUAGAUCCGAACCUCCCCCACCAUUUCGACGCUUCGCUCGAGGACAUCGACAGAGACUCGGGAAGCUUUGACGACGAAACCGCCCUUAAGCGGACUAAGACCGGCGAUGAGGAGGAGGAGGAGGAGAACUCUCCAUAUGCCGAGGUCCGAUCUGCGGUCCGUAACUACGACGAGGAGGUGCCCUGUAACACCAUCCGGGCCUGGACUAUCGGCCUAACUCUGGUCAUUCUCGGGGCCUCGAUGAACACCUUGUUCUCAUUACGCUCGCCCUCCAUCAGCCUCGGGGCCCUCGUUGCUCAGAUUAUAUCCUGGCCCAUGGGCCAUGGUUGGGCGAAGGUCAUGCCGACAAGGAAAUUCCGCACAUUCGGCAUUACCUGGAGCCUGAAUCCCGGACCGUUCAACAUAAAGGAGCACUCCAUCAUCGUGGUCAUGGCCAGUGUAUCCUUCUCGGUCGCCUAUGCCACCGAUAUCAUCUUGGCCCAGGUCGUAUUCUACAAUCAGAAUUUCGGCACUUUGUUCCAGCUCAUGCUUACCAUCUCGACCCAAUCGCUCGGGUAUGGGAUUGCAGGGAUGAUGAGGAAGUUUCUUGUAUACCCAGCCUCUAUGAUUUGGCCGGGAAAUCUUGUCGCCGUGACUCUGCUAAACGCCAUGUACGAGAAGAACGAUAAGCCAGAUCCGACCGUUAUUGGAGGCGCCAUGCCGCGAUACAGGUGGUUUGGCAUUGUCACCAUAUGCGCGUUUUUCUACUACUUCAUCCCGGGCUAUCUUGCCCAGUUCUUGAGCUCCUUCGCUGUUAUCACCUGGAUAGCUCCAAACAACACCGUCGUCAACCAGCUAUUUGGAUACUCGACCGGACUGUCGAUUCUGCCAAUCACUUUCGACUGGACCCAGAUUUCUGGCUUUGUCGGCUCUCCGUUGAUUCCUCCAUGGUAUGCUAUCGCUAACACGCUGAUCGGUGUCGUCUUCUUUUUCCUUUUCCUUGCUUCGGUUCUACACUUCAGUGGGACCUGGUAUGGCCAGUUCCUCCCAAUGAGUGACUCCGCCACGUACGACAAUACCGGCGCCCGAUACAAUGUGUCCAGGGUUUUAACCUCGGACUUCACUUUCGAUGUGCAGGCCUAUGAGAGCUACUCACCACUGUUCAUCAGCACGACUUUUGCCUUGUCGUAUGGCCUCUCGUUCGCCGCCAUUGCAUCCCUCAUCGUCUAUACGUACCUGCACCAUGGAAAGACUAUUUGGAGGCAAUACAGAAACAGCACGAAUGAGAAACCAGAUAUCCACAUGAAGCUGAUGAAGAAGUACAAGGAAGCGCCAACAUGGUGGUACAUGUCUCUCUUCGUCCUCAUGCUCGCUCUCGGGUUUAUAACCAUCUUGGUUUAUCCUACCAACCUCACCUGGUGGGCGUUCCUGUUGGCCGUGUUGAUUUCCUUCGGGUUCUCCCUGCCGAUUGGCAUCAUCCAAGCCGUCACGAAUAACCAGAUUGGGCUCAACGUCUUGACUGAAUUCGUCUACGGCUAUAUCCAGCCCGGACGCCCUCUGGCACUUAUGAUAUUCAAGACAUUUGGCUACAUCACCAUGUCGCAAGCGCUCAACUUUGUGUCGGAUCUCAAAUUCGGCCAUUACAUGAAGAUCCCGCCCCGGACAAUGUUCAUGGCUCAAGUGGUCGCCACGACAUUCUCGUGCUUCAUCCAGAUCGCCGUCCUGAAUUCCGCGCUCGGCAGCAUCGAUGGUGUCUGCACGCUCGAGCAGCCCGAACACUUUACGUGCCCCGGUGGACGAGUCUUCUUCUCCGCGUCUGUCAUCUGGGGACUCAUCGGCCCCGCGCGCAUGUUCUCCCCGGGCCAGAUCUACUCGGGCCUAUUCUUCUUCUUCGCCGUCGGCGCCAUCGUGCCCGUGGUCAUCUACUUCGCCUCCAAGCGCUGGCCCAACUCGCCGCUCAAGUACCUGAUCGCGCCGCUCGUGUUCGGCGGGGCGGGCCUCAUCCCGCCGGCCACGCCGCUCAACUACCUGGCCUGGGGCGCCGUGGGCUUCGUGUUCCAGUACGUGAUCCGCAACCGCCACUUCGGCUGGUGGAGCCGCCUCAACUUCCUGACCUCGUCCGGCCUCGACCUCGGCCUCGCCCUGGCCACCCUCGUCAUCUUCUUCGCCUUCACCCUCAACAACAUCGACCCGCCUUCGUGGUGGGGCAACGACGUUGUCGUCUCGACGGUGGAUUUCAAGAGGACGGCCGUGCAGGUCGUUUUGCCUCCCGGCCAGACCUUUGGGCCCGCGACGUGGUGA